ACAACGACCAUGAAAACAAGGAAGUGAAGACAGGGAACUUUGACUAGGCUGCUGUGUUUUUGUUGUCAGGAAGGCCCCGAUUUUACUUCAGCGAUCAAGACUGCCUCCGUGUCUCAAAUUCUUUGUCGACAUUAACCAAUUCACGGAAAAUGAACAACAAAGGCUCAUAUCCUCAGCAAGCUGUGUACCCCCAGCAGAGCUCUGCCCCCAUGUACCCCCAAACUAUGCAGGUCCCUGCCCAGGCACCUCCUUACUCUGAUGCACCUCCGGCGUACUCUGAGAUCUACCAGCCCAGGUACAUGCACGCACCCCCUGCUCCUGGUCAGAUGGCGCAGAUGUCCUCCGCCUACCCAGGCACUCAGAUGUUCAUGCCCUUGCCACAGACGAUGCCUGUGGGGACUAUGGGCCCUAAUGUCCCGAUGGCCUAUUAUCCUAUGGGGGCGGUGUACCCCCCAGGCUCCACAGUCCUGGUGGAGGGGGGCUUUGAUGCAGGAGCUAGAUUUGGAACCAGCAGCAAUCCUGCCCUUCCUCCACCUCCUCCUGGAUGCCCAGCUAAUGCUGCCCAGCUAGCUGCCAUGCAGGGAGCCAACGUGAUGAUGACACAGCGCAAGAACAACUUCUUCAUGGGUGGCUCCAAUGGGGGCUACACCAUCUGGUAACAGCGGCCUCUACCCCAGGCUUGUUCCUCUCUGUCACCCUAAAGCCCCCUUCUCUCUCUCACUCUCUCUAGCUUUCUACCUCUCUCUUCUCUCUCUACCCACUCCCUCUCUCUCCCUCCGUAUUCCUUCUUUGCUUCCUUCGGGGCUGCUUGGCCAUGCCACAAUACUGAUAUCACCUAACGGAAUGUAAUAUUUUAGAGCCCUUAGUCAAGGUACAGUACUCCACUGCAGAUUGAGAGCACAAAUAGCUCAGACUAGUGGUAGGUUGACCAUACCCUGGACCAUCCUGUAAGGCUAAUAGACUGAGCGUGAAGCUGGAUAGAACGGCAACUCGACUGGCCAAUGGCUAAUGAACCAUUUUGGUGGGAGUAUGAUCAUACCCUUUGCCUUUGGGCGAAUAGUAAGACCAUUAUGUUGUCGCAUUAAUAUUUACUUUUACACAUAUAGAGUUUACACACAGACUAAUUACAUUGUCUGUUUUUAUCAUCCAUUGUAAAACCAUUGUGCAAUGCUUUAGAUUCACAGGUGAUAUCUCUUUUCUGGGUUACUUCUUUUUGUUUACCAUGGACACCAGGUAUCAUUUUUUGGGGUAACUUUUGUUAUAUGAAACACUCUAGCAGAAUGUCUUCCUCUCUUAAGGUGCUCUCAUUUGGCCACAGCACUAGUAGACUUAAAAUGUUUUGUCUUUUUGACCAAUGUUGUGUAUAUAUUUGGUAAUCACAGCAUUUUUCUAUUAUUAAUCAGGAUUAGGAUGUAAGGAAUUACAAGGAUGGGUGCUGUUAGAUCCAUAGAGCAUCUAUUCAGAAGCAGAAAGCACGAGAAUGAUGACCUCAAAAUCAGAUUUCAAGGACUUAAUUUGUUUACAGUGAAAUCAUAGUGGAAUACUGUACCUUCAGGGCGAGCUUAGAUGAACUAUAAUCAGGUGCCAAAGUCUACGAGCACCAUUAAAAUAUAAGCAAAGAAAUUUACAGAUGAAUGCAGAACCCAAUGCAGUUGCAAAAUGUUUUUUAUUUUGUUUUUGUUUUUCUUUUUGUGGAGAGGUUGGUUGGCUUCGUAACACGUCAGCUGUUGUUAUAAUCCCCUUCCCCUCUAUUCAUGCCCCUCGUCGGAUACCCAGAGCUGUACAUACUGCAGAAUUUGAGUUAGCUGAGUAAAAAUGUUAGGUCUCCCAAUGAGUCCCUGUUUAUCCCGCCCACUUAGAAUGGGCUUAAGUCAUCUUAGUCCUGAUGCCAUGGUCAAGGUUUCAUCAGAUUUCUUGUUCUGUUUAAUUUUGUUAAUUUGUUUUUAUUUUAUACAUUUUUUUUUUUUUUUUUACAGUUUUUCAACCUUUGGCACAUCAAGAGCAAGGUUUUUAUUUCCUUCUUAGUGAAAUUCCUUUGAAGUAUAACCAAGGAGCAGGUUGUACCAAAGAUCUGGACUAGAAUGCACUAAAAGCUUUUGCUGUGACUUGAAAGUCAUCUUUCAUAAUAAUUCUGCACAUAAGGUAAAAUUUAAAAAGAAUAACGAAAAACAUAUCAAAUUUAGUGAAUGGUGAUUGUUUUGCAGGCAUACCAUGUCUGUAGAGGCUCACCACUGCUGUGACUUGUCUUUUGUAGUGGGGUGCGUGAAAUGCGUAUUUCUAGUGUAAUUGCAUCUUGGUGGUUCUGCAUGCUUUUUGCACUUUUCUUCAAAUACAAUUUUUUUUGUUUGUUUUUAAUAAAGGAUUUAUCAUUGUUAAAUUUUUUAGGAAUACUACAAAUAUUAAUUUAUGUGCACUGUCAACCAACUCUGAAAUGUUAGAUUUUGCAACUUGUUUUUUGUACAAAUGCUUUAUAAGUGCAAAUACAAUGUAAGUCAUGCACCUCCCUGUGUGGAUGAUUUUACAAAGCAGUUUCAUUAAAAAUGUACCUUCGUUCUAUGGAGGCGAAUGUCUGAUGGUGUGUAAGGGCUACCACUUAACAAAUGUAGGUUCAAGCAUUUGGUUCCACAUGAGGGACUAAAUGGGGAUAUAAAAUUCAUACAGGCUUAGGAGUGAUACUGAGAGUUAUACGGUGUGUGCUGUCAUCCACUUCAAGUUGUUUUCAUGUGUUUGGUCUAGCCCUGUAGCCAAGUCUUUAGGUCAAAUGUCUUGCAUAAAUAUGAAAAGCAUUCACUAAUUCAGUUUGAGAUCAGUAAGAACAUGACAGCCUUUUUCUGGAGUGGAAGCAGCAUACAUUAGUUGAGUGGUUAGUUUUACUAAACAAAAUAUUCAUUGUUUUAAAGGAAACAGCAUUUGUUACAAUACAAUAAACAUUCAUAGAGAAUCAUGCUUAAACAUAUUAACACAAGGUUAUAAGGCAUCCAUAACAACGAAUUCCCACUGUAAUGAUUUGGGCUAGAUUGUCUCUAGUGUGUUACACAAACCAUGACUGCCUGAGCUGAUGAUGAUGAGGAGAAACCUAACUCAAGUGCAGUCUGGUGUGUCUCACAACAGUCUGAGGUACUGCUCAUGUACUAAUGGGAAGACCUCUGAAAUGUUAUGGUGAAAAUUGAAUGAGUGCCUGUAACCUUGUUUGAGUGUUAAGUGUGACCCAUAGUGACGGCAUUAACAGCUUUUUGCAUGUAACAUAGAUAGAUAAGCAAAAUUAAAAGCACACACACAGGUCUCCUGAUGUGAUAUCCAUUCACUGAGUCUUCUAUUACAGAGGCUCAUUUAGUCACUGAACAUUUCCAACUACAAAAGUCACAAGCUCUCUGGACUUUAGCCAAUACUUCUUUCUGUACAAGUUUCUUUAAAAAAAUAAUGCUCCAUGCAACUUUGCAAUGUAGUGCUGUCCAUUUAGCUUUCCUGUUUAAAAUGAAAUCCUAGCAGUAGCAGAUCACAUUGGCAUAUAUGGCCUAUGGUACAAACAUUUUGGCAAGGUGACAUACAUUCCCCACUUCAUAUAGGUAUGAAGGAACAAUGACUCACACAUGUAAACACUAAAAUAGUUACUACCACACUGUCCAAUCCGAUAUUAUUUUUUUGUCUUCACGGGCAUUUGCAAUUCAGAUGUCUAUGCUUGCAGUUGCUUAUUGCUUAUUAUUAGUCAAUUUGGAAGUAAUCUUUGUAUCACUGGGUAUCCGACACGAUAGUUGUGAAAGUUAUUGCCCCAAGUUCUACUUAAAACCGAUAAUAAAUAAGUUUACUUGUG